UCAUCUUCGUAAUUUUCGGACGGAAGUACAUACAUAGCAUAUGUACAUGGGAUUUAGACGGAUUUAGAUCGCUGUGUCCCGGCUCGACAGAUUCUACGAGAUGACGGUUAUAUUCCGAUAUUGUAUUGCAUUCCUUUGAUUAUUAUCGAAUCAAGACGCAAGCCACGCAGGAAGUGACUUAACUCUCAGUGCGUGUACUAGCGCGUUUACACACAUUCACAAUUAAUUUAUUUAUCACAGCCGUAACAAUUGUCAACGAAGAAUGACGUUGCAACGUACAUCAUUUGUGUUUCGUACCGUUGGUAAUUUGAAGAGAAUCGACGGAGGAACUAAAUUGCACCUUCGACUGAGGACAACGACACCCUCCGGCGCCAUUCUUCCGGAACCGAAAAGGGCACGUUUUGGUUUCCUGGGUGUUCUCUCCAGUGUCGUAGUUGGUCUAAUCAUCGGCGCUACGCUAAGCAAAAUGAUGGCGAACUUUCUCGAGGAGAAAGAACUCUUUGUACCUUCGGACGAUGAUGACGACGACGAUUAAAUACGUUUUUAACCCCCUAUGAUUCGAAGAUAUGGAAAUACCUAGUGGCUUUCUGUGCUUGGGAGGUACGCUUGCAUCGCUAAUGGUUAAGUUUUAACCUGUAUAAACUAGUUGGCUCAUUAGAGAAUAUUAUAUAUUCAAUUCAUAUGUUUGCCAACGAUUCAAAAUAUUUUUUUCUCAAAAUGUGUUUGUUGAGUUCCUGAUGUUUUGUAAAGUCGAAUACAAGAAUUACACGAGAAAGAAGGCAAUGUUAUGUAAACCAAAUCUUAUGAUAACAAUUUGUAUCUUAUUAAUCUCGUUUCAUUUUUCAUUUAUAUACAAAAGUAAAAAUUACAUUUUACUGGGCCAAAGUGUUUCUCUUAGAAAGAGAACACCGGGGAAUGUUUUUAAGUUGUCUGCCUGCAAACAUGACAUCUAUAUAUAUGUUAUUUACAUACAUAGUAGCCACAUGUACCUAUAUACUUACGCAGGAAUGUAUGUGCACAACAAUACACUCCUGCAAUACGUCACUCCAUGGCCUGUACAUAUGGUUCAAACAAAUAAAUAUAUUGAAAUAAA